AUGGAGGCGCCGCCGUCAUUGUCGUCGCUGUGCGUGAUGCGGCACAAGCUGCGCGCCACCGUGCGCUGCUUCGGCGGCAGCAGCGGGGGUCUGGCCGAGCGGAUGCGGUGGCGCCGCCGCGCGGGCGCCGGGGACUUUCGGUACGACCCGCUCAGCUACGCGCUCAACUUCGACGAAGGCGACCACGGAGUCGACGGCGACGAGGAGGACCAAGCCGGUGGCCGCCUCGACGCCUUCCUGUUGUCCUCGCAGCUGGUGGUCACGCGGAGGCCGGGGUCCGCCGCCGUCGAGGCCGCGCAGCCGCAGCGUCUGGCCUGA